AUGCUUUGUUUAUUUGUGUCGCCCCAAGAAAAAGCAGUUAUUAAAACUGCUGAAGAUUAUUUGCAGUCUCCGUUUGGUCCCAGCAGACUUUUGCAUUCAGCAGCUGUACCAGAGGGGUCAGGACUUCAAGAUUGCUCCACACAUCAAACAACAUCAGAUCAUAGCCAUGAUGAAAUAUCAGCUCUAGAUAGCUACAAAUCAAACAGUAAAAACAAUUCUUGCCUUAUAGCAGCAUCCAAAAGAAACAGACCUGUCAGUGCCCCAGUGGGUCAACUGAGAAUUGCAGAGUUCUCUUCUUUAAAAUUUCAGUCUGCCCAGAGCUGUCAUAGAAUGUCUCAAAGACACAAACUUCAACCAAGAAUGAUUAGAGUAACAGCUUAUAAAAAUGGAUCUAGAACAAUCUUUGCCAAAGUUAUUGUACCAACUAUCACCUUGUUGCUGGAGGAGUGCACGGCAAAGCUGAAUCUGAGCAUGGCCGCUCGGCGAGUGUUCUUGGCAGACGGCACUGAAGUCCUCAAACCUAAAGAUAUACCCCAGGAAGUUGACGUUUAUGUUUCAACUGGCGAGCCCUUUAAGGAUCCAUUCAAAAAAAUUAAAGACCAUCUGUUGUUAAUGAAGAAAGUAACUUGGACAAUGAAUGGGCUGAUGCUUCCUACUGAUGUCAAAAGGCAGAAAACCAAGCCUGUCCUUUCUACUAGAAUGAAGAAACUUACAGAGAAGAUCUCAAUCCGAAUUCUGUUUUUUAAGAAUGGCAUGGGACAAGAUGGGUGUGAGAUUUCAGUGGGAGAGGAAACAGUGGAAAAGGUUUUAGAUACUUGUACAAUGAAAAUGGAUCUGAAUUCACCAGCCAGAUAUCUUUAUGAUUUGUAUGGCAGAAAAAUUGAAGAUAUUUCACACGGCCAGAGCCGCCAUUUUGCAGUAAUCCCCCAAGAUGACGAACACAAAGGGAAAGAGGCGAGGUACCCACUAUAUGUUCUCCAGGCCUUUCAGAAAGCAUGGGGUCGUUCCUUUGGCCACAUACAUCUGAAUCUACAAGAAUGUGGACAUCAAAGGAAUGGGCACAGUUCAAAAAGGCAUGCCCCACAAAUGUUACCACGGCAAAACCAGAAGAGUCUACAGUGUGACCCAGCAUGCUUUCCUCUGCUUGAAAAAUGCCUGCAAAAUUCCAUCACACCUUUGCGGGGACCAGUGUGGGUCUCUAAGGGAGAAGGUUUCAGCCCCUCAGGAGCUAAGAUGUACAUCCAAGGAGUUCUUUUGGCCUUGUCCGAACGAUUAAAGUCUGCAAAAAACUAUUAUAAACAGUAUGAAAUUAGAAUCGCUGCUCUAGAAUUGGAGCUAAGAUAUAAGAAAUCUUAUUCUGAGACAUAG